UGACACCUGUUAUCGAUGCGAAGGAGCGGCUCGGACGCGAGCCACGAUGAAUCUCGAUGCAACUCAAUGCAACCAGGGAGCGAGCACGAUGGAUAAGGGCGGAUAUCGAGCGCAGGAAGCAGGCUGGCGUGCUUGCUAGUGUCUUACCGCGCUAGCCCGGAACACAGUGCCUCUGCGAUGUGUCCCCAGACCAGGCGAGCUUUGGUUUGCGAUAUAGGAGGCAGACGAGGAGCCCCAAAAACCGAGUCUUGAGCAUCUCUGAGCUGGGCUUUAUUGGCUUUAAUUCGGCCCUAACACAGCCAUACGUUGUGGCUUCAGCGCAAAACGCCACGGUUUAUAGUUAAAAACCAGCUGCCGAGCAGUGUUGCACCAGUUUCGCGCAGUUGGCGCUGCAACAAAGCUGACAGCUAGGACCAUGGCGCCUCUGGCACGACGACUCUUGGCCUUGACGGCAUGCACCACUCUUGCCGCGGCCCUGGCGCCGUCGGGCCUUGGCGCCGCACCAAAGCGCCAGCUCACGCACGCGCGACGGCACCGCGCGCCGACGCGCGGCAUGAUGCAGAUGAAGCGCAAGGGCAAAUCCGGCAUGGGCAAGGGCAUGGGCCCGCCGAGCGCCAUGGUCGAGCAGCAGCGCCAGUACGCCGAGUACCAGAAGCAGCGCGAGGCGUCGGGCCUGCCGUCCUUUGAUUUAUAUGUGAAGGGCCCGAACUCGCCGACGUGGUACCCCGCCGGCUCGCUCGGCGGCGACGAGCGGUCCAAGGACCUCAUCGAGUCCUACAUGACGGACUGGACCAAGGGCUUCGCCAAGGGCGGCAUCGACCGCGGCGUCGCGUCCUCCUUAUUCCCCGAAAAAGCCAAGUUCGUCGCGCAGUGCCUCGCGACCUACCCCCAGCUCAAGAAGGCCAAGGACGCGCUCAAGUUCGGCUACAAGGUGUCCUACCCGGGCCUGCUCGAGAAGCGGCCGGAAGCCAAGGAGGUCACGGAGCUCUCCGAGGACAUGCAGGACAACGCCUUCGAGAAGAUGAAGAAGAACAUGGGCUUCUAGGCGCCGUGUUCUCUAAGCGUGUGUGGAGGCU